CUGAACUCUUUAAAACACUAACAACAGUAGAGACAUAAGUUAAACUUUCCUGCUGAGUCGUAACGUUCCUCAAGUAUCACAGACGGAAGUGCUAUGGAUAAUCCAGAUGAUGAUGAAGAAAUUGCAAAAAUUAAAAAAGAACUGGAAACCAAUGGACCCGCUGCAGCCGCUGCAAAGAUCCAGACUUAUUUGGACAAACAGCUAAAUAUUGCGAUCACAGGAAGGACUGGUUCUGGUAAAUCUACCUUUGUUAAUCGCUUUAGAGGCAUAGACAACAGCGAUAAGGAAAGAGCCGCCCCUACUGGUGUUACAGAAACCACCAAAGAUGUUAAACCAUACCACCAUCCAAAUUAUCCCAAUGUUACACUUUGGGAUCUUCCUGGUAUUGGCACCCCCAAUUUUCCAGCUGACGAGUACCUGAAGAAGGUUAAAUUCAAAAGGUUUGACUUAUUCAUCAUCAUCUCAGCUGAUCGCUUCACAGAAAAUGAUGUGAAGCUCGCUGAGGAGAUUCAGAAGAUGAAGAAGAAGUUCUACUUUGUUCGUUCAAAGAUUGAAAACAACAUACGUGAUCAGAAAAGAGAUCAGGGGUCAGAGUUCAACGAAGAAAAAACCCUUAAAGACAUCAGGGAGGAAUGCAUUCAAGGUCUUAAAGGACGUGUUGAGUCUCCACAAGUCUUCCUGGUGUCCAGCUGUGAACUCCACCUGUAUGAUUUCCGUCUGUUAGAGAAAACCUUACAGGAAGAACUUCCUGCACACAAGAGGAAUGUUCUGCUGUUGGCCAUGCCCCCUGCCAGUCUUGAAAUCAUCAAGAAAAAGAAAGAAGCUUUACAGCCAAGAAUAAAGUACCUUGCUGGUGUGUCUGCAUUGGGAGCAGCUGUACCAAUUCCUGGGUUAUCUGUUGCUGGUGAUAUGUUCAUGAUUGCUGCCACCGUUAGACAGUACCAAGUUACCUUUGGUCUUGAUAGCGAGUCACUGCAGCCUCUUGCUCAGACUGUAGGUGUGCCUUUGGAUGAGCUUAGAGCAGUUAUGACAUCACCACUGGCUGGAAAAGAAAUAAGAAAAGAUCUUAUCGAGAGGAUACUGAGCUCUUCUGUGGCUUUCCUUUCAUUAACGGCGGCAAAGGAAGGGUCUAGAUUGAUUCCAUUAUUUGGAAUCCAAGCAGCAAUGGGCCUCUCUUUUCUCUACACAUACCAAUCUCUCAACAAGUUUGUUGACAUGCUUGCUGAGGAUGCACAGAAGGUAUUUGAAAAGGCCCUGGAUUUAUGUUUACCACCUCUUCAGUAGAUUUAGUAAUAGUGACAAUGUUUUUAGUUGUGAGGUAGCAGCAUAAGGGGUUGUUAGUGCAAAAAAGUUGUGCAAUGUUUCAGUCUUUGGCAUUAUUGAUUUUGAUGUCAUGGAAAGGGGCAAUGGUUCCUACGUACAAGAUGUGGCUCCAAGACCUGACCAGUACCUUACAUCUGGAAAGGAUAAGAUAUGUAAUGAAAGACAAUUUAACACAUUACAUUAAAACUUGGCAGCCCUUGGUUUCUCAUCUGUCACAAUGAAAGUUAUAAAAUACAUAUAAGCACUGUAUUACUAUAUCUCUUGAGUGAGUUAGAUGAGUAGAAGGAGGAUUGGGUAGGGUAUGGAAGAACGAGACUCUCUUGUAUGCUCUCUUAU